UUGGUUCGCGAUGGACUGGUUUCUGAAGGUAUGCGCGGUGUGCGCAUGCUUACAAAUAUACGCAGAUGCCACCCCUCCCCCUGGAUAUGUAAAGCAGCCCGAAACAGAUGCGCAUCCACCAAAGUACGAGUUCGGUUACGACCUCAAGGACGGUUAUGGCGGUUCUCAAGGUCAUUUGGAGACAAGGGAUGGAGAAUUUGCACUGGGGAAAUACUACGUCAACCUUCCCAACAACGAACAGAAGGUGGACUACUUCGCCGAUGACUGGGGCUUCCACCCUCUGGUGGCGUACAAGACUUCCUCUGGAACGUCUUCCAUGUCUACACAGUUCGCUCUAGGAGAGAAGGCAGUGGCUGCUCUCUCCAGACAGUACGGAGUUGCACCCCCACUGGAGAUACUAAAGACCAAAGUCGCCAACUCCAUAGUCGCUGGAGGACCUCAGGUGUUGGUCCAGGGAAGUUCCGGGCUGAUACCCGGGCCUUCAGAUGAGCCGGUCCACAACUCUCUAGAAGCAGAGUCUUACUCAACCACGUCUGCACCUCCUAGCGAACAUUACUCUGUGACUCCGAGCUCGCAGAUCUAUCAAAGCACCCCUUCAGUGUCUGCGCAGCAUGUAUCAGGGGGAGUGGAAGUAUCAACGGUAUCUCCGGCUCAAGCAGCAUACUCUGGAGUUUCAAGUACCCAGUACGAGUCUAAUCAAGAAGGAUUUUACAGAGGCAAUUUCGAAUCGCAGAAACAAGCAUCAAUAUCUGGUUCACAAUAUUCUGGAUAUUCCUCAACUGAAAACUCCCCUGUUCCCAGUUCAGGGUUUGGAAAUUCAGAAAGCGAAUACCAGUCACAAAGUCAAAGCUAUGAAACUGCGUCAGGAUCAGCGGGGUAUUCCACACCAUCUCCAAGUUCUUCAGGGCUUAGCUAUUCUAGUCCAACAGUUUCGUCUCAAGGAUAUCACGAGUCGUCGACUGUUGCGAAUGAACAUUCCGAUCAUCAAGUGACCUCCUAUCUUGCAGACACGAACUCCGCUAUAGAUGUGACUAACACAGGAUUAACCCAGGUGCUGCCAGGAGUGAGAGACUAUUCUCCCAAUACAAGGAUAUCUGCAGUUCUUGUCGGCGAAGGUGAGAGCCACUAUGAAGAUAAUGAAAUACGGCAGGAAUAUGUGUCAUCUACUACUCCUAGUCCUCCCAAGUCUUUUAAACCCAUUGUCGUUAGUGACACUGGUUUGAAUCCAUCUACUCUUGCUAUAUUCCACUCAAACGUAGCCUCGUCGACUGAGAGGUAUCGCUCAGGAAAGAUAGGUAAACUCUACCAUAGAGAGGGAACAGUUGAUUCUGGCUACAGCACACACCAACCAGAGGUUACUUCAAACUCUCUCCCGUCUGUUGGUUAUGAUUACCAGUCGACUCCAGCCCCAACACCAGAGCCGGUGCUCGUCACACCUAGAGUGCACCCAGCAUUGCUUACUUCAUCUGGUAACAUUCUAGCCCCUAUUAGAGCAGGAGUGUCAAUAUCAAAUGGCCACGACGAGGAGGAUUGUGACGAAAAGCCGGUCAAAGAAGACGAAUCGAGUGAACCAGUAAUUGAAAAACAAGAAGUAAGGGAGGAGGCUCACUACAAAACUACAGUCGACAUCCAAAAGUCAAUCCCGUUUGAAAUUCAUCCUAAUGAAGAAGUAUCCCAGGAGUAUAGCUAUGAAACGAAGGGUCACACAUCACAAACUGGGUUUGAAGGUGUUAAGGAAGACUAUCACACGGAAUCUACAGCAGAGGUUACAGACGGAGAUUACAAAAAGUAUUCAAAUGAGGGGUAUUCACAACAACAAAACCCAGGGGAUGUAGUUGCAAAUGGGCAUACCGGACAAACGGAUUACCUGUCACAAGAAAAUAAUGGUGCAAGUUACCAACAACAACAAGAGUACCAUCAUCAAGAAUCAGGAGAUAGACAAGUGCCUGUAGCAUACAACCAGAAUCAGUACAACCAGAACUUCUUGCAACAAGUAGCAUAUGCAUAUCACCGUUUGGCCAACAGUCAUGCGCAACAAGAAGCCCAAAAUAAUCCAAGCUACUCAGUAAACGCCCCUGCAUACAACCAACCUGUGUAUGUACCUAACAGACUUUACUAUGUUUACCUCCAAAGGUAUAACCCUUACGUAAACCGGUAUGGUAGUCAAAGUCCAACAUAUGGGAAUUAUCAGGGUACAACCUCUCCAGGAGCACAGUACACUACAGCUGGCUAUAAUUAUGGUCAAGAGGGUUUAAGCCAUGGCUCAGGUGGGAAUGGACAAGCGUAUGCUCAGGAAUAUAAAGGUCAGGAUAGCUAUAAUUCACAAGAACAAGUAGGGUACUCUUCAUAUGUAAACCACGAAUCUGCAGGUGUUGGUGUGGCAAGCUCAUACUCUCAACAUAAUUCAGACGAAUCAAAAUAUAAUUCAAAGGUUCCUUCAAAUGAGAAUUCGAAUGGAGUUGAACAUUUUCAGUCACUAUCACCAACGCCAUAUUCAGUAACGAGCAGUUACGAAUCUUCCAACCAAGCAUCUCAGGAAUACGCAUCGCAAUUAAAUGCAGUUAAUUCUGCCCAAGGAGUGUCUGUACACCCUGAUAACCAGCAUGUUCAGUAUUUAUCCACUAGUCAUGGAGCAGAGAGUGCAGCUUUGACUCAGGAAAACUACAACGAAGAACAGUCAAUUCAACAUGAAAACGGCAAUGAACGUCAUCAGGACAAAUACGCCGAAGAAGCUAGCAAUGAAGUGCAUCACAACGCGAACGUCCUGAUUAAAGAGGUUCCCGUUCCUCAGUAUAUAGAGAAAACAAAAUACGUAGAAAUUGAAAAACCCAUCCACAUCCCUCAUCCAUACCCGGUAGAGUACACAAAAGUAGUCGAAAAGCCCGUACCUGUUCCCCAUCCGGUACCUGUUCCUCAAACUCAAAUUGUUGAAAAACACGUCCCCGUUCCCCAACCUGUUCCAGUCGAGGUGACAAGAGUUGUUGAGAAGCACGUUCCCGUUCCACACCCAGUUCCUGUGGAGUACACCAAAGUUGUAGCUGUUGAGAAGCCGGUACCUGUUCCACAACCUGUGCCGUACGCCGUGACGAAGCUGGUGGCCGUUGACAGACCUGUUGCUUACCCACACCCGGUACCGGUUCCCUACGCGGUACCGCAUCCAGUAGGGGUGCCUGUGCCGCAUCUGGUACCGUACCCACAUGUGGUUCCAGUUCCUGUCAAGGAUUACCGUCCGGUGUACAUCUACAGGAAAUCUACCGGAGGACGUCUUCUGCAUAGAGAGUUCCCUCACGCGAAAUAUGGAAAAUCCUCCCCAGCUUUCAGGCCUAGUCAGCCUGUGUUUAACUCUCAGUACCCUCCGCCCUCCUACCACGUCACUACCUACUUCAAAUCACCCCAUGGGAAAUCUAGAGGCCAACCAAGGAAACUCUGUAUCGAAUACGGAGGGUUUAAACCACCCCUAAUACCUUCAGUGCAAGUUGAUGAAGAUCCCAAAACAACCUAUGGACCAGCCGAGCAGAAACACUAA